GAAUCUGACCCUCAAAGACGCGUCCAACAGAGCACACACAACCCCAUCGAGCAGGCCAUGGACACGCCCACCACAGCUCCCUCCAGUGUCGAUGGCAGGACGAGCAAGGAACGUCGCCAGGACGCACACAGCAACCUCGAUGCCGCAAAAUCGGCCGACUCUGCAAAGCGCUUUGCCUUUUUGCUUGGGCAAACAGACCUCUUCCGCCAUUUUAUCGACUUGAAAGCAAGCGAAGACGCAGAAUUUGCGGCAGAAGUAGCAAAAGCAACUGCUUCAAAGACCUCAGCCAAGGGCAAGCCAGCGACAGGUGCAGGUAGGCACCGUAAGUCUGAGAAGGAAGAGGAUGCAGAGCUCCUCAAUGAUAAGGACAGCGAUCGUACCAUUUUCACUGAAUCACCGCCGUAUGUACAUGGGCUGUUGCGCGAUUAUCAAGUACAGGGCCUCAACUGGCUUGUAUCCUUGUAUGAAAACGGCAUCAAUGGUAUCCUUGCAGAUGAGAUGGGUCUGGGAAAGACUUUGCAGACCAUUUCGUUCCUUGGCUACCUGCGCUACUUUAGAAGCACGCCAGGGCCUCAUCUUGUGCUUGUGCCAAAAAGUACCAUGCACAAUUGGUCGCAAGAGUUUAAGAGAUGGAUCCCAGAGAUUAAUGUGCUGCUGCUGCAGGGAGAAAAGCAGGAGAGGCAAGAGCUCAUCAAGAAUGAAUUGAUCGAUGGAGACUGGGAUGUUUGCGUGACUUCUUACGAAAUGGUCAUUCGAGAGAAAGCCGUCCUUCGCAAGUUCGCCUGGGAGUACAUCGUGAUCGACGAGGCGCACCGGAUCAAGAAUGAAGAGUCACUCCUCUCCCAAGUCAUUCGCAUGUUUAAUUCACGCAACCGAUUGUUGAUUACAGGUACACCUCUGCAAAAUAACAUGCACGAGCUCUGGGCACUCCUGAACUUUUUACUUCCCGACGUGUUUAGCUCAUCAGAGGCGUUUGACAACUGGUUCUCACAGCAGUCGGCAGAUCAAGAUUCUGUCGUCCAGCAGCUACACAAGGUGCUACGUCCAUUUUUACUUCGUCGCGUCAAGGCUGACGUGGAAAAGUCACUCUUGCCCAAGAAGGAGGUCAACUUGUAUGUCGGCAUGAGCGAGAUGCAGCAUACUUGGUAUAAGCGACUCUUGGAGAAAGACAUUGAUGCCGUCAAUGGCGCUGGCGGCAAAAAGGAAGGCAAAACACGACUGCUCAAUAUUUGCAUGCAGCUACGCAAGUGCUGCAACCAUCCUUACCUAUUUGAUGGCGCUGAACCCGGGCCACCUUUUGUUACGGACGAGAAACUCAUCAAUGACUCUGGAAAGAUGGUGCUUCUUGACAGACUUUUGCAACGCAUGAAGGCUCAAGGCUCUCGCGUCCUCAUCUUUUCACAAAUGUCGAGGUUACUCGAUAUCAUGGAAGACUACUGUUUCCUUCGUCAGUACGAGUAUUGUCGCAUUGACGGACAGACCUCGCACGAGGACCGAAUUUCUGCCAUUGACGAGUACAACAAGCCGGACUCGAGCAAGUUUUUGUUUUUGCUUACAACGCGCGCUGGAGGGCUCGGCAUCAACUUGACUACAGCCGAUGUUGUGGUUCUCUUUGACUCUGAUUGGAACCCUCAAGCCGAUUUACAAGCAAUGGAUCGUGCUCAUCGAAUUGGCCAGACUAAGCAAGUAUACGUCUACCGCUUCGUCACGGAAGGUGCAAUUGAAGAAAAGAUUCUUGAGCGUGCCGCUCAAAAGCUACGACUUGAUCAACUCGUCAUUCAGCAAGGCCGCGCAAAAGUUGACAAGAAGGAGUCGAAGGAUGAUUUGCUCUCCAUGGUGCAACACGGUGCUGAGCAAAUCUUCCAACGCAAGGGCGAUUCCAUUGGUGCUGCGGAUGACAACUUUUUCGAUGAGAUCCUCAAGAAGGGUGAGGAGCGCACUGCUGAGCUCAACAAGAAGUUUGAAGGUGUCAAUGUCGAGGACUUACAAAAGUUCACCAGCGACAACACCUACGAAUGGAAUGGCGAAGACUUCACCAAGCGCAAGCAAAUGACGGGACAACUCUGGAUUCAUCCUUCAAAGCGUGAACGAAAGCAAGAAGGCUAUUCGAUUGAUGCGUACUACUCAAAGGCCCUCAAGACGGGCUCACACCAACAAAAAGCACCACCCAAGGAGCGUGCACCUCGUCCACCUCGGCAAAUUCACAUUCAAGACCAUCAAUUUUACCCGGCGCGCUUGGCAGAGUUGCAAGAGCAAGAAACUGCAUUCUUUCAAAAGGAGCAAGGGUACAAGGUCCCUGGUAUUGAAGAGGACGCGCAGCUUGGCGAAGAGGAACGAGCUGAAGAGCAAGCACGCAUUGAAGCCGAGCAAGCUCGAAUUGACAAUGCUGUUGCCUUGACAGAAGAAGAACAGCAGGAAAAAGAGGAACUGGCACAAGAAGGCUUUGGCGAUUGGCAACGUCGUGAUUUCCACACAUUUAUACGCGCUUGUGAGCGUCAUGGUCGAAACGCCUAUCAAGCCAUUGCACAAGAAAUGGAAACGAAGACUGAAGAGGAGGUCAAGACGUACGCUGAGGUCUUCUUCGCUCGCUAUGAUGAGGUGGAUGGACAUGAGCGGUACUUGCAGCAGAUUGAAGCCGGUGAGCAUCGUAUUGCGCAGUCCGAACGACAAGCUACAUUGCUGAAAAAGAAGAUGGCACUGUAUAAGAACCCCAUGAUGCAAAUGCGUCUUGUUUAUGCACAAAACAAGGGCAAAGUGUACACGGAAGAGGAAGAUCGUUAUUUGAUGGUUCGACUGCAUCAUCAUGGUCUUGCACGCGAAGAUGUGUAUGACUUGUUGAGGCAAGAUAUUCGCGAGUCGCCACUCUUCAGAUUUGAUUGGUUCAUCAAGUCGCGCACGCCAGCAGAGUUGCAGCGACGAUGCCAGUCAUUGCUCAAUAUGAUUGUCAAGGAGAUGGGCGAUGACAGGAAGCGUGCAAAGGAUGAGGAGGAGAGCGAGAGUGAAACGAGUGAGGUGCUGCCGAAAUCAAAGAAGCGCAAGGGUCUCAAUGGACAAGCAAGCGGGACGAGUACACCCAUCACGAAGGGUAAGAAGAAGGGUGCCGCUGCCUUGAGUGCUGCAGGAACGAGGGAGAGCACGCCGAAGCAGCAAAACAAGUCAAAGGCGAGCAGUGCAGCCAAGCAACAGGCCGCUGAACCUGAACCUGUGGUCGAGCUGCCUCCAACCCUCUCUGGACGUGUCAGGAAGCAAGCCCGUCGCUGAGACAUUGAUGCUCAUCCUGUAUAGCUGGCGCCGGUGCCUUAGAGAUGCAUGUAGAAAUUGUGACUGUUG